UCAUUUUUACCGCCGUUAAUGGUUUUCCGUCAGCGAGAGCGACCGCACUUCCUCCACUUCUCGCUUACAUGUGUUGUUAUUGCUGUGUUAAAGAGGAGGGGGGAGUAGACGGGCAUAGUCGCCCGAGCAUCAAACAUCACAGACAGGGAUAGACAGCAUUUCCUCUUGGUUUUAGGCUGGAAAUUCGAGGAUUUAGGGCCUACUUUCGGGAUCAAAACGUAAAAAAACCCAAAAACAACUCCCAAGACACAGAAAACAAACAACUAAAAAAAUGUUUUUAAACUCCACGAAGUAGGCAGCGCGUGGUCAAGCCAACAACUGUUUUCAUGAAAAUUACUUUCGUUUUGUUUUGGUUAUCCUGACGAUUUCAAGCAUAUAUACCACUGUUGUAGUUGAUUUAAAAAUCGAGACACUUGGAAAGGAGAAGGACUGUCUGUGAUACUCAUGGUGAUUUCGCCUACACAUCUGAAUUGAACAAUAGCCUGAGUUCAUAAGAGGAUACAAGGCUGAGCUGAACAGAGAAUCUAGACACGAGUAGAGCGACGCUUUCCCUGUCUCGUCAUCGGAAGAAACAUGGUUAUGUUUCAAGAAAACGACAGAAUAAUAAAUCAUCGCAGCUUAGCAAAUGAAUGUUGUGAUUGAAAACCAUGGCUUAGCCCUUGAAUGUUGUGACUGAAUCCAGCGGCUACUCACUGAAGUCUAUUUCGAAAAAGAAACAUCAACAGCUAUUAACUGGAAUCUAGGCCUAUUUCGAAAAAAAAUUAACUUCUAUUUACAGAAGUCCAUUUUAAAAAAAUAAAAAAAUCCAGCAGCUAUUCAGAAAAAAGGCCAGGCAUCCCAGGGAAUAAUAUUGUGAAGUGCUGAGAGCAUUUUGCCCGAGUGGAUACUUAUAGAUUGCAAAAUGAUAUAGGCCUCCUUUAUGCUGUAGCUGCACUAUAGGCUGCUCCAUAUCGCGUAUAUUAUCAUUUCUCCGAGGAGUCCAGUAUCAUUAUCCAAGACACAUACCAAAGGGAAAUGCUCCUCGGCGUAGCCUAUGGUAAAUUGUUGUGCUUGCCAGAUGGAAUUACGGGACAAGAUCCCUUCAAGUUUGUGUAAAGUUAGGUGGAUUUCUUUCUGUGCAACGGUUUAAUCCCAGGCCUAAUAAUGUGACACUUGAAUUUUUUUUAAACCAACGAUUGUAAAGUUUCUUCAGUAACAAUACCAGGGGCAACUGCAGCAGCGACAAUUAUCGUUGUUACCACCGUACCAACACCUUUGGCAACAUCAUCUGCAGCCUUAUCAACAACUGUCAGACAUGGCCGUUACAAACUCGAGCAGCCUUGAGAUGUCUACCCCAGAUUUUAAUAGGACGCCUUCUUUCUCGGACCUCCAAGCGGUCAAUGAUGACAUCGCACGUACUCUCAUUCCAGCCAUGGCCUUUUUUGGAAUUCUCAUGGUUAUUGGAAUUGUGGGGAAUUCCCUCGUGUGCUACGUGUUCUGCCGGAGACUCCAACCCGGAACACAAAAUUACUUGAUAGUCUUCCUCGCUGUCUUUGACCUUCUCAGCUGCACCAUCGCUAUGCCCAAUGAAAUCGCCGACAUGAGAUAUUUCUAUGUAUUUGACUCAGAACCGGCGUGCAAAAUAAUGAGAUUCAUCAAUUCGUUCUGCGCUAUGGGUUCAAUCAUGACGCUGUUGGCAAUCGCCGUGGACAGAUACCAGAAAAUCUGCAAACCCUUCAAGAGGCAGUUGCGGGUGCACCACGUGAAAAGACUGCUCAUCCCCAUCCUGGGCCUGGCCCUGUUCUUCGCCUGGCCGGCUCUGAUCAUGUACGGGCUGCGCACAACCGACUCUGGCAUUCCAGGAAUUCCCGGUUCUGACUGCUCCACGCCGGAUUCAGUAAAGGACACGAUUUAUCCACUCGUAUACAACGGCAUUUUGUUCCUGGCCUUUAUUGUGUUGACGACUACCUUGAUCUCACUGUACUGCUGUGUAUUGUGGGAGACCAAACGACACAACAGAUACAUGAAAAGGAAUUCAGAUUUCAACUUGCCUUCGUACUUAAACUCCCAAACGGAUGAUUCUAGUUCAAGUGCCGAACCUCCCCACGCCGCCACAUUUUCGCCCUCUACAGCAAUUUCAACCGAGGAACUACGAAAUGCCACGAAAAAGGAUGUGGACGUUGUAGUCUCAGACAGCACCAUUGAGGCUUCACGCCCUCAGGAAAUAACUCCAGGCUCUACGAGUGGGGAAUGUCCGUCCACCGAGCCUGUUUGUCUUUCCACGACGCGUAGGACCGUCAUUUCAGAUCUCCCUGCUGAAACCACUGACUCGCCAGAGGAAUCGCCCCCACACGCCUCCUUACGCAGCAGCCUGAAAGACGCUGACAAAAUGCUGAAAACAAAAAAAAAGCUGUCGUUCUGUGAUGACGUCACGUACAAAGAAAUUCAGGACGGCUUUCCAGUAGUGAGGAAAACGUCAACGGAAACAAUACGAACUAAUGCGUCAGCGACGUCAUUUCCGGAAGAAGACCCGGAUCUGGUUCUGGCUGAGCAGGCACCAAAUUUGCCCAACGCCGUUAUUGAUCUUGAUUCUCCCAAAAUGGAAGGAUUUGCCCCGGUGGCGUUUUCAACGUCAGAAUCAAGAUUCGCGUUCUUCAAUGUAGUUUGCGAGGAGGAAGAAAAAGAGAAAGAAAAAGACGCAGAAGAAGCGAGACAAAAGAAAGAGGACUCACCCUCUCGACCUAAUGAAAUGUGCCUACAGGAUACGAAACAGAUGUCUGACAGGAACCAAAUGACACAGUCAGCACCUUCCCCUAUCGAAACAAAAACUGGAUUGUUGGACAGAUCUGUUUCAGUCAUCAGCUCAAACAUAACACCAUCUCAUUCAUUUAGCAAAAAGAAAAAGAGAAAAGUUCGUAGCAAAACCACCGUAAUCGCGUUUUUGGUAACUUUAGUGUUCAUCCUGAGCUUCCUCCCUCAUCUUUGCCUCCAAGUAGCGAAGAUGAUCAAGAAAGGUUUUGACUACGACCUGGAGGGAGCCGCCUUGGUGUUCUACAAUACAUUCCUCAGAUCUUAUUUCAUAAACUCGGUGUCUAAUCCUAUCAUCUACGGACUGUUGAAUAUGAAAUUCCGCGCCGAGGUCAAACGCCUUGCCUCGAGCAUGAAACAAUGUGUGACCAGACGGCGAAAAGACAACACAUGCUGUAGAAGGAAGGAACGAGGGACAAAGGACCAGGACAAAUAAAGAAAAUCAAGGUUCAUUUCACACAUUCACGGGGAUGUUUAAAUAGUUUUUACAUAACCAUUUGUACAUCACUUUGAUUAUUGUAAAAACAGUGAAAUGACUGGCGGUAUUGGGGCUAUUGUAGGGGAUAUAUUAUAUUCAUUGUCGGCUACAGAAGGCAUUACUUUUGUUCCCGCUUUGGGGCGUUCAUUUUAUUGAGAAGUUUCGUCUUUCUUGUGGGAUGCUGUUAUCCCACUCCGUCUAGGCUGGACCUGACGAGCAGAGUUGAAAUAGGUUGCCUCCAUAAUGAUCUAAAUUGUAUCGAUGGAGGCGUUAAACUUUCACUGUCAAUCAUGAAGUGAUCAUUAAAAUACUCAUACUCAUACUCUCAUA